GAGAGGAGUAUGUCCAUGCGUCUUUGGACUCGACAGGAAGACAAAAGACCCAAAAAUGUGUAACCUGCGUCCUUCAUUAUGAUGAAGCUAACCAUACACCUGGUCCAGGAGUCAGAGUUAAAGGAGUUCCAGCAGAGUUGUAUGUGGACAGAGUUGCUAUGGACCCAGCUGUUGCCUCAUGCCUCUAAAGAUCCUUAUGACACUCAACAUGAAGAUAGUGAUGCCCUCCCGGUUUGAACUGAUGGGGCUGAGUCCAGAGGAUGAGGCUGGCAUCAAGAAGGCAGCAGAGAACAUGAAGGCCUUGAUUGAGCACGAGAUGAAGAAUGGGAUCCCUGCCAAUCAGAUUGUCCUGGGAGGCUUUUCACAGGAUGGAGCGUUGUCUCUCUACACAGCCCUUACCUGCCCCCACCCUCUGGCUGGCAUUGUGGCAUUGAGCUGUUGGCUGCCUCUGCACUGGGCCUUCCUCCAGGCAGCCAAUGGCAGUGCCAAGGACCUGGCCAUCCAUCAGUGCCGUGGGAACUGGGCCCAUGAUGCCUGUACGGUUUGGGGCCCUGACAGCCAAGAAGCUCUGGUCUGUUGUCACACCUGCCAGGGUCCAGUUCAAGACACAUCCGGGUGUCAUGCACAGCUCCUGUCCUCAGGUGAUGCCAGGUGUGAAGGAUUUCUUAAGAAGCUGCUGUGUCCUGUCUAACCAGAGUUGCUGGCCCCCAGUGCAGUCCCCCAGCUCAUGGGGAACCCAACAAGCAAGUGUGGUACCAUCUUGAACCGGUUGAACCCGUCUCCACCCUUCCUGACCUCGUCUUCUUCCCACAGGCCUCUGGGGCAGACGGCAAGACCUGGCCAGGCCUUCUUUCCUGGCCUCAGCCACCUGGCCCUGUCUGCAGCAGGGGUGGGCUGCUUUCUUAUCCCAUUUUCCUGGUGGCAGGGGCCCCUGGCAGCAGUAUUGGAGGAGCUAUAGGCAGCUGGAGAAAGGGGCCCAGCCACUGACCCACUCACUCGGGAUCUCACUCAUGAGUUCUGCUUAGGCCCCCUCCUGUGACCCCAGGGUUUGGCCCAUGGGGCCCUCCCAGGCCUCCACCCCAAUUGAUUCUGCCCAGAUAAUCGUGUGUCUAUCCUGCCUCCACUCCAACUGCUUCUUAAUCAUGAAUUUGGCUAUGGCCCUGGGGCCCCCUUGCUGCUGUGGGCUCCCUGCCCUGGGCAGGAGUGCUGAUGAGGAAGUAGAGUCUGGAGGGAGACUUCCCUCAGCUGUUCUGUUCCCCCACUUGGGGGCUGGGCCCUGCCUCCCUGUUACCCUCCUCCCUGCAGGCCUGAAGCCUGAAGGGCUAGACUGAGGCUCAACGUCUCCCCCAGCUGUCUCACUCCCACUUUGUCCCCACUCUAGGGCAGGGAGGUGGUGGGGGAGGAGUUGUGUCUGGUCUUCUAUCUCCAGUGGUUUUGGGUGUUUUUCUUGGUGUAUCCUGGAUUCUGAUAAAAAAAAUUGCUUCCUCAAAAAAAAAAAAGAAACAUAUGU